GCUCCUGCUGGUGUAAAGGAUACUCCUCUCUCCCUGCACUAAUCCAGCUCUGUUACACCCAGUAUAGAAGGGGCUGCUCCGGCCAGGCGCUGCCACAGCGUCGAUGCUGCUCUCCUGACUGCCCUCUGCCCCGGGGACCCCAGGAGCCUCGCCGACCCAUGGAGCAGGACGGCGUGGCGGGCAGCACGGCCGAUGCCGGGGGGGCUGGGAGCAUGGCUCCCCCCGCAGCAGAGGCCAGCACAACCCCUCCUGCUGCCCCCCAGGACACAGAGCCCACAGCCCAGGCUCAGGGUGCAGGGAGGGGAGAGCCCCCCGAGGAGAAGGCUGAGGCUGCAGCAGAGCCCCAGGCAGGGAAUGCAGCACAGCCUGCCCAGGAGAAGGGCCCGGCUGCAGCAGGGGCUCAGGAUGGAGGCGAGGAAGAGCCCACAAAGGAGAAAGCCACGGGCGUUCCAGAGGGUGGAGGAAAAGCAGAGCCCACAAAGGAGAAGGCCCCAGCUGCGGCAAAGGCUCAGGAUGGGGAGAAGACAGCAGAAAAGGUGGAGAAAGCCCCAGCUGCAAAGACGACUCAGGAUGGGGGCAAAGAAGCUCCUGCGAAGGAGAAAGCCACAGCCGCUCCUGCAAAGGCUCAGGGUGGAGGGGAGGAAGCUGCACAGGUGGAAAAAACCACAGCUGGAGGCAAAGAAGAGCCUCCAAAGGAAGAAGCCACGGCUGCUGCGAAGGAAGAAGCCACGGCUGCUGCAAAGGAGGAAGCCACAGCAGCUGCUGCAGAGGCUCCGGAUGGAGAGAAGAAAGACACCAAGGGGGAAAAGGCCCCAGCGGCAGCAACGGCUGAGGAUGGGGGCGAGGAGCCCACGAAGGAGGAGGCCCCGGCCGCUGCAGAGGCUCAGGCUGAAGGGGAGGAAGCAGCCGGUGCGGAGGAGACGAGCAAGCAGCAGCCACCGAGGGGCCCCGAGCCCGCGCGCCCGGCUCUGCUGCAGAGCCUGAGCUGCCCGGCCGCCUGCCAAAGGGAGGAGCGGCCCGGGGCGGAGGUGGCCGCGAUGGAGAUGAUUCCGGAGGAGAGCGCGCUGGCACCAGCAACAGAAGGUUUGGUGGAGCCCACCCCGGCCCAGGAGGACCUGCGGCCCCCUGAGCAGCCUGACCCCGCGGGCAGCACUGGCAUCCCGCAGGAGAGGACAUUGCCCGGUGCCGCAGGGCAGCCCCAGCCCGCUUCAGAGCCUCCCGGGGACGCAGAGCAGCCUGGCCCCGGUGCCGCAGGGCAGCCGUCCUCGACGGAGGCAGAGCCACCCCCCAGCCCCUACCUCACCCCCGAUUUUGGGAAGGAAGACCCUUUUGAGAUACUGGACGACGUCCCCCCGCCGCCCGCGCCCUUCGCGCACCGCAUCGUCACGCUGCGGUCGGCCAGCGUCAGCUCCCAGUUCAACCUCAGCUCCAAGGAGAUCCUGGGGGGGGGCAAGUUCGGUGAGGUCCACACGUGCACCGAGAAGCAGACGGGGCUCAAGCUGGCUGCCAAAGUCAUCAAGAAGCAGGGCGCCAAGGACAAGGAGAUGGUGCUGCUGGAGAUCGACGUGAUGAACCAGCUGAACCACCGGAACCUCAUCCAGCUCUACGACGCCAUCGAGACGCCCCGGGAGAUCAUCCUCUUCAUGGAGUUCAUUGAGGGCGGCGAGCUCUUCGAGCGGAUCGUCGACGACGACUACCACCUGACGGAGGUGGACUGCAUGGUGUUCGUCCGGCAGAUCUGCGAGGGCAUCCGCUUCAUGCACCACAUGCGCGUCCUCCACCUCGACCUCAAGCCCGAGAACAUCCUCUGCGUCGCUGCCACCGGGCACAUGGUGAAGAUCAUCGACUUCGGGCUGGCUCGAAGGUACAACCCCCAGGAGAAGCUGAAAGUGAACUUUGGCACCCCCGAGUUCCUCUCCCCCGAGGUGGUCAACUACGAGCAGGUCUCCUACUCCACGGACAUGUGGAGCAUGGGCGUCAUCACCUACAUGCUCCUCAGCGGCCUCUCCCCCUUCUUGGGCGACAACGACACCGAGACGCUGAACAACGUCCUGGCUGCCAACUGGUACUUCGACGAGGAGACCUUCGAGAGCGUCUCCGACGAGGCCAAGGACUUCGUCUCAAACCUCAUCAUCAAAGAGAAAAGCGGCCGGAUGAGCGCAGGGCAGUGCCUGCAGCAUCCCUGGCUCAACAACCUGGCAGAGAAGGCGAAGCGCUGCAACCGCCGCCUCAAGUCCCAGGUGCUGCUCAAGAAAUACGUCAUGCGGCGGCGCUGGAAGAAAAACUUCAUUGGGGUGUGUGCUGCCAACCGGUUCAAGAAGAUCACCAGCUCGGGGUCGCUGACGGCGCUGGGCGUCUGAGCGUGGGCUGGGGGCUGAGCACCGUGAGCCCAGAGGAACCGCUCGGAGAGGGGGCUCGGGGGCUGCCGACCCCCAUCCCGGGGCCGUGCCGGGGCCUCACCCCUGGACAGGAGCAGGAUCUGGGCAGGGGCAGCCCCAGCU